UAUUUCAGAGAUGACUCGUAGACCCAUAAAAACUGUGUCCAUCGUCAUAUUGGCAAUGCGCAUGGAUUAGAGGUUUUGACGGAAGGUUAUAGAAAUGGAGCAAAGCUUACUAAUGGGCUAAAGAAGUGUCAGAGAAAAGCUUACUGUGCAUAAAAACACACGAGAGAGAGAAGAAUGGAAGGUGGUUUUGUUGCAGGGGAGAGAGGAGGCGGGGGUGGGCGCUAUAGCCUGCAACCUAGGGUUUCCAUGGACGAAGAUAUUCUCUUCUGUAUCGACGUAGACCGUGAAGCCCAUUCGGAGAUGAAAGCCUCUUCCUCAAAGAGCACCCAAAACCACCAUCCCCCCAUUACCCGUCUAGACGCCAUUAAGCAAUCUCUCAUCCUCUUUAUUCACUGCAAGCUCACCAUGAACCCUAACCAUCGCUUUGCAUUUGCCGCUCUUUCCCACUCUGCAUCUUGCAUUCGAAAGGAGUUCAGUGGAGAUGUUGAUGCAGCAAUGGCUUCAAUAAGCUCACUUACAGCCGAUUCAUUGUAUAUUCGUGCUGAUCUUACACAGCUCUUUAAAAUGGCAGCCCAUGAGGCGAAGAGGAGCCGUUCCCAAUCACGAAUUCUUAGGGUGAUCUUGAUAUACUGUAGGUCAUCAGUGGUACCAGAGUUCCACUGGUCUGAAAAUCAGAAACUUUUUACAUUUGAUGCCAUGUAUCUUCAUGAGAAGCCAAGCCGUGAUAACUGCCCACAAAAGGUCUAUGAUGCUUUAGUGGAUGCAUUGGAGCGUGUGAGUGAGUACGAAGGGUACAUUGUGGAGAGUGGGGUGGGCCUUGCUCGUGUCCUCUUCCGCCACAUGUGUGUCUUGCUCUCUCACCCACAACAGCGGUGCUUGCAAGAUGACCUCGACAUCCCUAAGUCCCUCACCAAAAAGGCACCUGCCAAUGCUGAAACAACUGGGAGGGAGGAUGAAGGAAAUCCAGCAAACAAUUAGAGAGAGACCAAGGGAGAGAGGUGAGGGUUUUAAAAUGUGUCUUCCUCUUGUAUUGUCAUAGUAAGGGGGGGGGGGGGGAAGGGAGAGAGAGAGAGAGAGAGAGGAUCUGACAGAGUGUUGGCACGUUAUGCUGUUAUAUAGUCAUAUUAUGAGUUUUCUCAAGUCGAAUAUGUACAUUCUGCAAAGUAGAAGCAGCAUUAAAAAAGAGUCACUGUUUAUGUUC